AUGUACAUUGCAAACCCCCUCUCUGUCAUUCUCUCUCUAUCUUUCCUCCCAGGAGCUCUCUCCUGGUCCCCCUUUUCUUCGAACCAUUUUGUCCCCUCUUCGGGAUCAUAUAUCUAUCCACCUCUUGAACAAAUCCGCUAUACACUCGCUUUGGAAACGUUCUUACUCGAUGCUAAGGAUUGGACGGCUUUGGAUUUGAUAUAUACGGUUGAUGCGGUUGCGAAUUUUACUAGUUUGGGGGCUGGUGUUUGGACCGGAACAGACCAGAUAAUGGCAAAUGAACAAAAGUCUUUGGGGGCGGUGGCACACGGUAUUCAUCAGAUAUCGAGUAGUGCCAUUCUGAUCAACCCGGGAAAUUGCAGUGAAGCGCAUGUUAUGAGUUAUUACACAUUCAACCAUUUUGACACAACCGCAAACGGAACCGCACAGCAUAUAUGGCAAGCAUGGUCCAAAUAUGAAGAUCAAUGGGUUGAUACUGGAUCCUAUGGUGGAAGUCCAAGCUCGUGGAGGGUGAAGAAUAGACAGGUGGCGUUGGUGGGCGGGCCAGUCGGGGGGGAUGUCAAGAUUGAGAAGCCUUAG